AAUUUGAUUUGUAAAUUUUAUGUCGAUCCUAACCAUCUGUCGUCGUUGGUUUCAUCCUGUUCGUGGAAAGAUUGUCUUACCAAAGUCGUCAACUACCUUUUUGUCAAGUUCUGGACAGGUUCUUCCAGUAAGUUCGAUAGAACUGUCAAACGGUUCAGCGACGAACGUGGAGAGUGUUCCUGAUUGGGCUGGAGCAGACAGAGAAGCGCUUGUCUUUGAUACUUUCGAUAAUUUUGUGCCAGUUGAUGUUGCCCAUCUUCCAGGAAUUAUUUUCAAUGCUGUCAUUCGUCCUGACAUUGUUCACCGCGUGGUAGUGUGGCAAGCCGCUUGUAGGAGAAGAGGAAUUCAUAACACGAAGACUCGUGCAGAAGUUUCUGGUGGAGGUAGAAAGCCACGACCUCAAAAAGGUACUGGCAGAUCUCGACAAGGAAGUAUAAGAUCACCACUUUGGGUACACGGAGGUGUGGCUCACGGUCCUAAACCGAAAGAUUACUCUUAUCAGGAAGCCAGAAAACUUGUGGAGAAUGGCUUGCGUUCACUACUUACUUCUCGUUUGAUAGACGGUCGGUUGUGGAUAGUAAGAGACUGCGCUUUACCCUCCAGUGAUCCUGAUAUCCUUCACACACAUUUGAAGAAACACUGUUGGAAGUCCUUUGCAUUAGUUGAUGCGAGAAACGAUGACUUUGAUGGAGUUUCCGAUAACUUGGCUGAUGCCGCUUUUUUUGUGCCUGAAGCUAAAGUGUUGACUCUGGAGAAGAUGAAUGUUCACGAUAUCAUUCAACAAGAUCACUUAGUGAUCAGUAGACAGGCUCUAGAACAAAUGUUGGAUAGGUUUAAACAUAUUAACUGUUAUUAUUAAGAUUGUUGUUUUGCCCAUAGAAUUGAAUCAUUGA